AAAGAUCAAGCUCCAACGCAAAGCCGCCUAAGAAAGUCAACGACGACAUCCUACAGCUACCAUAACGGUGCCCCGCAUCUUCAUCCGUCCGGCCGUCAAUUUCCUCGACACCGCUCGCAAUGUCGUUUCUUCGCCCAACGAUACUGCGUUCCGCCCCUUUCAGAUCAGUCCUUUCUAUAGCUCGACAAGCCCGAAUUCAGACACGCUUCGCGUCCCAAGACUACGGCAGUGGAGCAGGAGAUCCUGUGGGCGAGAAGCCGCAAGAGCAGGGUAAGAGCAAGGCGACAGAGAACAUUGAGCAUCCCGGUCCUCCACCACCACCCAACGUCGGGAAAUCCAAAUCCCCGUCUUCAAACGAACAGUCGAGUCAAUCCCAGUCUUCGGGUAGAAGUGAAGGCAAGUCAGGAGGAGGUGUUAGGGGGAGCAACAAGGAAGUAAAAGGCUCGCAACCAAAAAUCUUGAACGAGAGCCCGCCAGGGAAGUACGAUGAGGGUGUGAGGCAGCACAAUGAGGAGAUGGAUCAGAGGGCUGAGAGAGCGCAUGAGCAAAUUAGCAAUGAGGAUGCGCAGAAGGGCAAGGUGCCGCCAGGCUUCUGGGCAGGUGGGUUGCAGUUGAAUGACUACUAAAGCGGCUGACGGAAGCUAACUACGUUCAGGCCAAGGUGGAAAAGAUAAAGACCAUUGA